GUUCUGGCUUGCUGUUUGUAGCCACCAUGAACUGCGGCCAAGCCAUGCCCACCAGCCUUGGAGCCAACUGAGUGUGGACUGAAACCUCCAAAAACUUGGAUCUGGAUUCUUUAAAGGUUUUGCCUUUGCCAGGUGGCAAAAUGUUGAACUUCAUCAGCAGAGGGCAAUGAAGUAACAUGGCAGGAAGAAAGAACAUUUGGUUCACAAGUCAGUGUGCUUGCUGGCUAGCAUCCUGCACUGGGAUUUCUGCAUGGCCUUGCUGCUGACAAGCAUGCUGCUUUUCCACACCAUCCCUGGAGCACAAGUGACUUAUGCAGCCUUUGCUUCCCAUGGCAUAGGUAACGUGUCCAGAGUCAGGCUCCUGCCAAGCACGCAGUUUCUCCAGCAAGCAUCCCUUGCAGCACAGGCUAAUCAGCAGUGCUCAACUGCUGCCUCUGUGGAAGAAUGCCAGACCAUGAAAUGCCACUGUCCAUGAAGGCAAGGGGUCUGAAUUUGAGUUGUAAACUUCUAGAUCUGCUGCUACUGAAAUUAUGGACACAGGCUCUGCUAACCAAGAACAAACCAAGAGGGCAUUAUAAAAAGGACUAGACCCGCCAUGCUCACCAUCCCCAGGUCCAGCCGAAUCUGUAGCCUCUUUCUCUGGCUCUUCAGCUAUGCGACUCCAGCUGUUGCUGUACGCUCUCCUCUUCUUUUUGACUCUCUUACUUCCAGUAAGAAGUGGUAUUGCUUCUGCUGAAGGCCACUGUCUCAGUCUCUCAGGCAUCUGCAGAAGAACCAAUUGCAAACUAAUCGAAGAUGAAAUUGGAGGCUGCCGAAGACGUUGGAAAUGCUGUCGACCAUGGUGGAUUCUACUUCCUGUUCCAACACCUGUUAUCUUUUCAGAAUAUGAAGAAGGACUUAAGCCCCGGCUGAAAUGAAAUCAUGAAAAGCACCAAAAGAAAAGCUCUUGGUUCUCAGUCUCUAAAUUCUCAGU